CUCUCUCUCUCUCUCUCUCUUUCUAUCUCUAUCUACAACAACAAAGAAGCUCUUCUCUCUCUCUCUCUCAUAGUUACUCUACGCUUUAAGCAGCUUCGUAGCUGAUAGGGUCAGCAUCGUCGGCGCGAUUCCCGCUUCCGGAUUUUACGGGUGAUUAGGGAUCCGUUUCCCCCCCCCCCCUCGUAAUUGCUGUGCUCAUCUGAUUAGCUCGAUGGCUGCUUCCCCUCGGUUACAUGCCCACUGAUUCCGACGAGGAAACCCUCCAGAGCAUUUUAAGCUGAAGCUUCAGUAGCAUUUGGAGACUAAGGAAUGAUCUGAGUGAAAACGUUAUUCAAAACAGAUGGAGUGUCGUUUGGAGCUGAAGAAAGGUUCAAGUGAUAGACCUCCACCUGCUGAGAAGAAGGUAUUCACCAAAGAAACCCAAAGGUCAUCACUACCGGCUAAGUUCAGAGACGACAAACGCGGCUUAUCUUACUCCGACUUCCACCGAGAGAUCACCAAAAAAGUUGAAGAUGUAUGCCCCAAACGCUUGGAGAAUCGAAUCAAGUCACGGAUUGGUAGAACCGCUUCUGGUGAAAGAGACCUUGUCAAGUACAAGUCCUAUGUGCCCAGUUAUGUCAAGAAGCCUGAAGCGAGAGAUGUUAAAGCUGGUGCUAAACAGAUUGAUAGCAAGCAUACAAGGUCUUCAUUGUCCAACACAAGCACAUCUUCAUCGCUCUGUACUGAUGAGUCAUCAUCUACUGAUUCUGGCAAACGUCUCGUUGAUUCUCCAUUCCGCAGAAGGAUUAAUCACCCUCCGCUUCAGUAUUAUCUCAUGUCAUCUAAGCCAGGAGAUUGCUCUCAAGAUGUCGAGCCACCUCGAGACGAUGGUCAUACGGAUACCACUAAGAGAGACGCUGUGCAGGUUCAUCAAAGCCCUCGUGGAACUGCAUUCCUACAGAAGGAGAAGAAAGAUUCUUCUGAUGUUAAGAUCGUUCCCAAAACCAGAACUUUCUUGAGUCCAUCAAAGCCUGAGAGUCCUUCAGCCACCACGAGGGUAAUAUCAAGGACUCUUCUAGCACAUGAUUUCAACAAGAAAGGAGAGAAGCUGGAUGAGAGAAUCCGAAACCCUCGUGUUCACGACAUGUUUGGAAAAGAAAAGCCUGCUGCGGCUGUGUUCGUACCAGGGAUCGUUUCUCAGAAACAGAUACUCGGUUUGUCCAAGUUCUACGAUUCAAAAGUGUUGUUAGCCGAGCGAGUGGCCGAAGCUAAUAGAAAGGGGUUGUUCCCAGAGAGGUUAGCGUAUGAACAGCGUGCUGUUUUGGACGGCCACUUCCGACGUGAAGCUGCUGAUGGAAGUAAGCCGUUCUUGAAGCGUCUCAACUUCUUGAGCGCAGAGAAGAAUAGAUCAAGCUCGGCUCCGCGGUCGAGAAAGUCUGAAUCCAGUCCCUCCAGGAGCAGGACUUUAGACAGAAGGUCAACAGAGACUCUCCCCAAGCUAUCAGAUCAGAAGCCAGUUAAAGUUGUAUCAGAAAGAGCAAGGAGCAUUUCGCCGUUUCGCCGGCUCAGCUUCAGCAUUGGGAAGUCAAGCAAAAACUCCAACGCGGAAGACGCUCAGACUCUUACUCCAUCGCGAGCUGGUUUAGAGAACCGUUCCACCUCUUCUCUCAGCGAAAGCUCGUCUAUAGAUAGUACCAUUGCAGCAAACAGAGGCAGGUCUAGUCCCUUGAGAAGGUUGCUCGACCCUCUGAUAAGACCAAAAUCGAGCCAUGCGUGCAGAUCUCCUGAGCCAUCAUCACUAAAGGGUUCACCGUCUUCAAGUCACCAGAAGCAUAUUCUUUCUGACAAUCAUCAACCAUCCUCUUCAACGGUUCAGGCUCUCUUUCGUGUGACGUCUAAGAACGAUCAACCGCUCUUCACUUUCGCGGUUGACAAGGAACAGAGCAUCACAGCUGCCACAAUAAGAAAACAGAUGGUUCCAGAAAAGGAAGAAUGUGGGCACAAGUACACUUUUUUCACCGUUCAGGAAGUGCAGAAGAAAACUGGAAAGUGGAUGAAUCACAGCAGGAAGGUGCAAGGGCAUGAGUACACAUCCAACAUCGUCGCUCAGAUGAGAGUCUCGGUGGGCUCUGUCGAUGACCUUUUAACCAGAGAAUAUGCACUCUUCGCGUCAGAGUCGCAGCAGCGAGCUAACGAGCUAGCUGCCAUGGUGAUCAAGAUCCCAAAAAUUGCUGAGGCGAGCGCAACCACACUUGGAGAUUACUUGGCAGAGGUUGGCACUACAGUGGUGCUUCCGAGUGGUGUUCACAGCCUCCCGCACAAAGGAGGGCCUUCCUCGCUGAUACAGAGAUGGAAGUCUGGUGGGUCAUGCGACUGUGGAGGUUGGGACAUGGGCUGCAACCUUAGAAUCCUCACCAAUGAGUCUAACCUCUCUGCCUCCACUUCAGAUGCCUUCAAGCUUUUCUCUCAGGGAGGAUUACAGGAUAAUAGCAACCAACCAUUCUUGAGCUUCACUCCAUACAGAGAAGGUGUUUACGCUGUUGAGUACAAUACAGCACUCUCACUCUUGCAAGCAUUCUCAAUAUGUAUAGCGGUUAACGAAGGACGGAACUCGUUGAAGACAGUGGAACCAAACACUUGGCGUGUAGACAACAAAGCUUGUGGAGAGGUGUCGUCCAUGAUUCAGAACGAGAGGUUGAAGUCAUGUUCAGGUCCUGUUGAAGGUGAGGCUCCGGCAAAGUAUGUCUCAAACCCACCGGUGUCUCCUGUGGGGAGGGUUUAACCAGUCGCUUUCUCUAAAUAAUCGGCUAUUAUAUAUAAAUAUGUUUAGUCUAUGAUGGGGUUCGUAUUUUCUAUGUAAUUACGGUGUUGGAGUAGAUUACGUUAUAUAGAACAUUUUGUGAAACUUGUUUGAAUUGAAUGAACAUCUCUACCCAUUAUUAAUA